CUCUCUCAUUCUCUUAGUUUUUCUGGACACACCAAAACUUCAGACCUGAAACCUCCCAACUAAGGGGGGAUUUUGAAGAUGAUGAGGAAGAAGAUCAAGAUCAAGAAGAUUGAUUGCUUGCCUGCAAGGCAGGUGACUUUCUCAAAGAGGAGAAGAGGGAUCUUCAAGAAAGCUGCAGAGCUAUCUGUUCUGUGUGAAUCUAAGGUGGCAGUUGUCAUAUUUUCUGCUACUGGCAAGCUUUUUGAUUAUUCAAGCUCAAGUAUCAAGGAUGUUAUUGAAAGCUACAAAGCGCACAAAAAUGGUGUCAAAAAAUCGGACGAACCGUCUGUUGAGCUACAGCUAGAGAAUGAAAAUCACAUCGGAUUGAGCAAGGAACUGGAGGAGAAGAGCCAUCAGCUGAGGCAGAUGAAAGCAGAGGAUCUUGAAGAGCUGAAUUUUGAUGAGUUGCAGAAGUUAGAACAACUGGUGGACACAAGCCUUAGCCGUGUGAUUGAAACAAAGGAAGAACUGAGAAUGAGUGAGAUUAUGGCACUUGAAAGAAAGGGAGCUGAGCUGGUAGAAGCCAACAACCAGCUAAAGCAGACGAUGGUGAUGUUAUCCGGAGGAAAUACUGGACCUACGCUUAUGGAUCCGGAGAGGUUGAAUGAUAAUGUCGGAGGUGGAGGAGAAGAAGAAGGCAUGUCAUCUGAAUCUGCUAUCUCCACCACCUGCAACAGUGCUCUCAGUCUCUCCCUUGGAGAUGACUCCGACGACGUCACUUUAUCUCUCGAACUGGGGCUUCCUUAAUUUCUCUGGUUAAGAAGUGGAGAACGAUGGAAGUUUACUCUCCUUGUAGCUAAAUAAAGAAAGUCGAGGUAUUAUAAGAUGUCAGUGAUUGUGUGUGUUAUCUCGACUUUGUGUUGUAUCCAAACCCGUGUAUUACGUGCAGCCUGACAAAUUGCUCUUUGACUUGUAUUGUAUUUAGAACUUUGUAUCAAUGUAGUCUGCAUGGAGACUCUUGUGGAUUU